AUUCAGGGUUGCCUUUAAACAUGGAAGGACGGCAUCAUUCGAAAUCGGAGGCUCUCUUGAAAGAGAUUCUGGUAAGAUAGCUGCCUUUAAACAUGGAAGGACGGCAUCAUAAAGCAUGUCGCAGCUGUUAUUCCUUCAUACACCAUGUCAUCCUUUAUUUUACCAAAAAAGGUUUGGAAGCAGAUGGAUAGGAGAUUUCUGGUGGGGGCUUUGAUAAUGAUAAAUCACAUAAUCUUUAUUUGAGGGCUUGGGAUGACCUUCGUAAACCUAAGCACUAUGGUGGUCCUGGCACUCGACAGAUGGAGCUUUUCAAUAGAGUUCUGGCGUCAAAAACUUGCUUGGAAGAUGGCUCUUGGCGAUCAAUCUCUUUGGAGUCGAUCUCUGUCCUGGUCUGGACCCAACCUUGGGUGCCAAACCAACCAGAGUUCCUGCCUAUUCGAAAUCCAGAUCGUCAAUCUCCUAAUCUCAAUAGCCCAAUUCAAAACAUAGUGGAGAACAGAACAUCAUGAAAAUUCCAAUUGGGAGUUGGUCUACUGAUGAUCGAUUGGUUUGGGCUCCUGUAAAUGGGAAAUUUACAGUUCGAUCGGCUGAUCAUGUUCAUUUACCUACUCUCUCGUCUAAUGUUUCUCCUUUUACUCAACAGGAAUGAAAAAAGCCAUGGCAUAUGCAAGUUCAGAUUCAGAGAUUGCCGUGGCUGCAAUCAAGAGCACACUUUUCCCGGCGAGUUCCAUCGGUCGACGAAAUAUGGUUUCCUGAUUCGGCUGAAUUUGCAUGUUUGGAUUUUGAACCGCCGUGACUGGGAAUUUGACGAGUGAAAACCGAGAGGGGUUUGUGUGGAGAAGCUUCGGCGGACGAUAUUUAUUUGGCAUCUACGUGAUUGUUUGAAACUACAAUGGUAUAUUCCUCUGAAACAAAACACACCUACCACCCAUCUAGACCGUCCGUCUUUCCACGUCAUCGAUCAAAAACUGCAGAAUCUAACGGCCCAAAUUAUCACCACUACGCCCCCCUAGAUUACUUAGGCACGAACCGCCAAGCAGCUUGCUUUUCAGGUUCAUCCCUAUCCGCCCUGUCAAAACUUAUCGCAGCGAGAGAAACUGAGAAAGAGUAGGACUUUAAUUAUAUAAUAAUUUAGAGAGAGAAAGCGUACAUACUUCUGGAAAAUUAGGGUUUUAAGCCAUUCAAAGUCUGCUUUCGAUCGCCAAAUCUAGGGUUAGGGUUUAGUUUUCUGACUUCGACGUUUGCCAUGAAAUUAGUACAGUCCUGUGUUUGGUAGAGCACAAAUUAAGAACCUCGGGCUGCAUGAGUUGAAUCGGUUUAUCCAUUAAACGCACAAGUAUAUAUAGGUUUUGUAUUGAUGGAUGAGAUCUGGGAGAGGGCCGUGGAGGCAGCGCUUGACGGCCAAACAGACCAUGCCGCCGCGCGAAGCCUGACUUUGGAUGGUGCAGUGAAGUGUGCACAGGGCCGGUUGCCUCCACCGAGCUUUUUCGAGAGAUUCCAGAACCUUCAACACUUCUCCAUCGCUAACAUCGGGGUCUCGUCGCUCGAGCAGUUCCCUCGGCUCCGGAACCUACAGAAACUCAUUCUUUCUGACAAUCGCAUCGCUGGUGGACUUGAAUUCCUGGUUGAGGCUGGUCUAGAGUCUCUUCGUGAUCUUGACCUCUCCAAUAAUCGCAUCCAGUAUAUUGAAGAUCUCGCUCCCCUCGCACAGUUAAGGCUUGUUUCACUCGAUCUUUACGAGUGCCCGGUUACAAGAGUAAAGGAUUACCGAUCUAGGGUUUUCGGGUUGAUUAAAUCCUUGAAAUAUUUGGACAAAAUGGAUGCGGAGGAGAAUGAAAGGCCGGAAUCGGAUGAUGAAGAUGAGGAGGAAGAGGACGAGGACGAUGAGGAUGAUCCUGGCAGUGGUGAGAUUGAUGGAGAAGAUAGGCCGUACAGGAUGAUUAACGGCCGCAGAGAAGGUGUUGAUGGGAUUGUUGAUGUAGAUGAUGAUGAAGAGAGCGAUGCAGAUGAAGAGGAGACAGAGACGGCAAGACGGAGUAAUGGAGCCAGCCAUCAGGCAAAUGGAUUCCAUGUUGCAGCUGUGGACAGGAGUGAUGAGGAUGAGGAGGCAGAUGGGGAUGAAGAUUAUUCUGGGGAGGAGAUCGACGAGGAGGGGGAUGGGGAUGAUGAAGAUGUAGUUGAGGUUCAUGAGAUUGAUGACAGCGACAAUGAAGAUGGGGUUGAAGAUGAGGAUGAUGACGGGGAUGAAGAUGAUGACGGGGAGGAUGAAGAGGAAGAGGUGGAUAAUGAGGAGGGUGAUUUCGGGGAACCAAGGAGUACAGGGCGGUUGACUAGCACGGAAGGGGAGAUUGAUGGCCAUGAGCAAGGGGAAGAUGAUGUGUAUGAGGAUGAUAACGGGGAGAUUGGAGAGGAAGAGCAGGGGGUCGAUGAUGAUGGUGUUUUUGAAGAUGAAGAAGAUGGUGAAGAGGAGGACGAAGACAAUGGGGCAGGUUACCUGGUUCAACCAGUAGGGCAAUCUGAAGUUCAUGAUGCUGGUGGCAGUGACAUGGAACCAGGUAAUGAAGAAGAAGAAGUUGAAGAGGAAGAUGUUGAGGAUGACGAUGAAGUGAUGGUCCUGCCCUCCUCUUCCUCACAGCGAAAGAGAAAGAGAGAUGAUGAGAGUGAUGAGGAGGAUGAUGAUGUUGAUGAUGAUGAAGAUGAUGAUGGUGGAAAUCCAAAUUCUUCCAAGAAACAUCAUUGAAUCUUUGUCAGUGAUCUAAGCGGGAGAACUUCUUCAAGCCUGGAAAAAAGGGAACGUGUUUUUAGGUAGGUUGGUUGGUAGUCUGGUAGUGAUUUUGGAUGAUCUUUUUGGACAAGGUGUAGGUAAAGAAACUGUAUCUUCUUUUUCAGUUCAAAAUGUCGUUAGUCUUUCUUUUUUUUUUCUGCUGCCCCUGCCCUUUCCUCCUUAGCCGUUACUCUUUGUAAUAUUCAAAUGGCAGUUAUGAAGGGGUUUUUACCGCUCAUCUCCUGCUUGCGGGGGGUCUGUUUUCUAAAGAGAACUGAAUUGGAGGGAAAAAGAAACUCAAACCUUUGUUUAGUUUUGAUUUGUCCGAGUUGUUUUUAAUUUUUAAAUGGCUUUGUAAAACGCUUUGUGGAUGGAGUAUCUUAUAGGUGUG